ACUCCUCCUGAGCACUUUCACGGCCGCGUACCUCUUCCACGAGCUUUUUAUUUUUUGUUUACUUGUGUGUUUGUUUGGGAGUUGGCCGGAAAUCAACAUGGAAGACGCUGCUGUCCAAUCCGUGGGAAGAAGCGGCGGCAUCGUGAUUAAAGACGACUGGCCGGGCUACAGUCUGGACCUCUUCAGCUACCCGGAGCACUACUCCGGAGACCUGGAUUGUGUCUUCAUCCCGCACGGCGUGAUCAUAGACAGGACCGAACGUCUGGCUCGAAACAUCAUGGACGACCUGGGCGACCACGACAUCGUGGUGCUGUGUGUGCUGAAAGGAGGCUACCAGUUCUGCGUCGACCUGGUGGACAGGAUCAAUGCCCUCAGCCGCAACUCCAACCGCACCAUCCCCAUGAGGGUCCACUUCAUCCGGCUCAAGAGCUACCUGAAUGACCAGUCCACGGCGGAUCUUCACAUCGUCGGAGCAGAGGAUUUGUCUUUUUUAGCCGGAAAGAACGUACUGAUUGUGGAGGCUAUCGUCGGCACCGGGAAGACGAUGGAGAAGCUCCUGAAGCACGUCGAAGCCUUCCAGCCCAAAAUGAUCAAAGUCGCGGGAUUGCUGGUGAAGAGAGUGCCACACAACGCAGCGUGCCUUCCUGACUACGUCGGCUUUGAGAUACCCGAUCAGUUUGUGGUUGGAUAUGCUUUGGACUACAAUGAGUAUUUUAGAGACUUGGAUCACAUCUGUGUGAUCAACGAAAAAGGGAAGAUGAAGUACAAGAUUGAAAAAGAAGAACUGCAGAAGGAGGCGAAUGCCAUCCAACAGAAAGCCUGAGCAUUGCCGCUCACUUCCAGCUGCCGCCGUGACAUUUGAUCUCGAGCAUGCCCCGUUUUAUUAUAACAUUCCUUCCACGAAGCGUUUUAACAACAGACACUGACAUUUAACUGGUCAUCUCAAAAAAGCAAGUACAUGCCUCACUGUGAUUUGUAGAGUCGUAACUUCAUCCUCGAUGUUUGCAGAAGUUAUUCAUAUGGGAAAUGUUUACAGCUGGAGUACUGCUACGGUGUGUCUUUCAUACUUUGACUCUAACACUCAUAUACUUUUACUUCUUGUAUGCGAUGUAAAGAACGUGAUAAUAAUGACUAUUUCAUGAAUGUGAUCCGUGUGUGACAAGGUAACAAAGGAAAAAUUAAAGGGAGUUGUUUUAUUAGACAAUUGGUGAUAGAAUUGAACAUGUUCUUCACCUGUACUUUGCCUUUUUGGUGUUUCAGUAGUUCUCUUGCAGUCUACUUUUAAUGCUACGAGAAAAACAAAGUAGUGUGUAAACUAACUACCUCUUUUUGUUUAGUCAGUAUUUGAGGUGUAGUGAGAUAUAUUUUUUUAUAAUUGAACACAGUAUUUUUUAGCCAUUGUAUGUCUUCAUCGCUGCAUUCUUUUCACGCUGUUUUGUUGACUAACAAAAUGCAUUUUCAAAUGUUGUUGAAGUGGUGUCUUGGUUGAGCUCAUGAGAUAAAACCACGUUUACCUCACAUGUUUGUCUUAGGCUGACGUACAAAGGCUCUGACUCAUUGGAUCAUGUUGAGUGGUGUGUUUAAAUCGUGUCUUUCUAUACAAUUCUAAAAAUAUUGCAGAAAAGUG